ACACAUUUUUCAUAAAAGUCGCAUUGGAAACAGUAAAAUUGUAUAAAAUUAAUAUUUUUUAGUGAGAACUUUAUACAAAUUUUAAAAUGGAAUAUGUUCAGUCAACAUUGCUGCCCUUUAUAAUGGAAUUGAUCAGUCGCGAAAAUAAUCUGUGCACCACAGUGGAAGAACUGACGGAUGCCGUGAAAGAUGCAGUGCUGGAGGAGCACAUACAUCCUUUCGGCAACCUUCAGAUGGCGGUACGGUUCGCCUUGGAGGUGGGCUCCAACAUGGGUAUCAUUACAUUAAACGACAAUCUGAUCCCCAUUCCCUUCAACUACAAAGCUAAGAAGACAGUUCCGACAAAACAGUACACGACUGCGCAAGGACGCAAGGCUGUGAAGGGGGAACUGGCCAAGUCCAGGGUCAAACCAAAGUCCAAAGCCAAGGCUUGUGCCGGAAAGAGUUUGAGAAAGAAACUUACCGGCGAAAAGCAAACACCGUGCAAGACAAAACGUAAAGGAGCUGUCCAAAAUAAAAAGACCAAGGCGAAGAGGCGACUUUAGACGAAUCGAGUUAAUACAGUGCAAAGAAUCCAAUUGGUGUUCUUGAACCAGACUGUGAUGCAGUUGCUGCUUCUGCUGCCAUGGACGGGGCUUUCAACAACUGGGUUAACCAGGCGAUGUCAGCUGCAAUGGCACACACUUGGCACAGAAAAAUAAAUACACCAAAUCAGCGGUACACUUGUCCCUCUCCUGGACAGCGUAA